CACUGCCCCACUACCUUCUACCAUGUCUUCUGCGUCAACGCCAUUGCCAUCAAGCGGGUACGCUUCUCCUGCACCAUUGCUCACUACUCCUGCUCCCCCCAAACCUAACAACGCUGCCCCCAAACCGAAACCGGUCAAUGUGUUUUCUAACGAUGGUUCGUUCCUAGAACGCUUCCAGCGACUGAAGAAGGAGGAGGAUGAGAAGAAGAAGCAGGAGGAAAUUCUAGCCAAGUGCGGGUCCUUCACCCUCAAUCUCUCGUGCAUUGCCACUAACCAUCUCCGUCUCCCCCACAGGAAGCGCGAAUUCGACAAUCGCUUCAAAAACCGGGGCAAGCGCCGUUCUCCCGAUACCUCGAGCUCCACCCCUGCCACAGAGAAUCCCGCCAAGAAGGCUAAAGUCGAGGAGCCGUUGAGUGAGUCCUCACAUUCUGGUAUCGCUAGCGUAUCCGACGAGAGUACUGAACGUACACAAGACCAAUAUAAGAAGGAGCUACAGAACUAUGCGGACCGGAGCCUGAAGGACAGCGGAAUUGGUGUGAGACCCUUGGUCAAGUGAGCAUUCCCAUUCUACACUGCAAUCGACAAUUUGUGUAUUUUUAUGCGUACUUCUUUUCCCUGGUCACUGGGUACUACCUAUAGUUCUUCGUAUUCCGUACAUAAUGAUCGAAGCAAUCCACCUUUGACACCCC